AUGAUCGGAAAUUCGUUCCUACCCUCGCGGUUCAGGGGAGCCUCGUCUACCACUGAAACCAAUGCCUCCCCAAUAUGGCUCAAUAAAAAGGUCACCCCACUUCUCCAGCUUCUCUCCCGACGAGCAUGUCUACAUCCAAUUCAUACUAUCGUUAUAGUUGCGGUUUUGGCGAGUACAACAUACAUGGGACUUUUGGACAGCAGUCUCUUUGAUUCGGUGAAAGCCAGUGGUGCCGAUAAAGCAACAUGGAGCUCUCUCGUUGCUGGUAACCGUCAACUGCAGAUUAGUUCCGAGACUGCCUGGAAAUGGCAGACCUCGGAUGCGGAAAUUGUGCCAUCUCACGUUGAUCACUUGGCACUUUUGACUUUCGUCUUCCCAGACUCUGCUGCUGCCAAUUCUUUGCAAGCAGCCCCAUUAGCGGAUUCAGUGCCAUUACCACAAAAUCUUUCAGUCACUCCUCUUCCAACAACUUCGAACCCUCUGGCUUCCUUGUCACAAGACAGUACUUUAGCUUUUGCUCUUCCCUACAAUCAAGCCCCUGAAUUCCUCGCCAGAUCUCAAGAGUUGCCCAAUUCCGCUGCUACAAUUCCCACCGGUCCCAGCGCUCGCCAAGGACAGGAGGCAGAGCUCAUCAAGGAGAAGAAGAUGUGGAUCAUGAAAGCUGCAAAGGGAGAUGAAACCAAAGGAGGAUUGAGAAAAUGGGCAUCAAACGCUUGGACUGAAUUUGUAGACCUUCUCAAGAAUGCCGAGACACUUGACAUCAUCAUUAUGGUACUCGGUUACAUAUCGAUGCAUCUUACCUUUGUCUCAUUGUUUGUUUCCAUGAGGCGUAUGGGAUCAAACUUUUGGCUUUUUGCUACCACGCUCUUCUCAUCGGUUUUUGCCUUCCUCUUCGGGUUGAUCGUCACUACAAAAUUGGGUGUUCCCAUGAACAUGGUGUUGUUGUCGGAAGGUCUUCCUUUCCUCGUUGUGACUAUUGGAUUUGAGAAGGCUAUUGUCUUGACAAAGGCCGUUUUGUCGGCGUCACUCAAUACCCAAAGACCUAAUGCUGAAGUGGCAGAAAAGAAGCACGGCGUAUCUCCUGCUUCCAUUCAAUAUGCAGUCCAAGUUGCUAUAAGCGAUAAGGGAUUCGAGAUUGUCAGGGAUUAUGCCAUUGAAAUUUGCAUAUUGAUCGCGGGAGCUGCUUCUGGCGUCCAGGGAGGUCUUCAGCAGUUCUGUUUCUUGGCUGCCUGGAUUCUAUUCUUCGACUGUGUUCUCUUGUUCACUUUCUAUACUGCAAUUUUGAGUGUUAAGCUUGAAAUUAACCGAAUCAAACGUCAUGUUGCUCUACGCCAGGCAUUGGAAGACGACGGAGUUAGCCCACGAGUAGCUGAGAACGUUGCCAAAAGUGACGACUGGCCCCAGGCUGACGGUUCCAAGACUAGCGAGACAAACAUCUUUGGCCGUGAGGUCAAGGGUAGCAGCAUCCCAAAAUUCAAGGGGUUGAUGGUUUCUGGGUUUAUCAUUAUCAAUGUUCUUAACCUCUGCACUAUCCCAUUCCGAGGCGGGAACAGCAGUAUUCAAUUCCCAGGUGCAAACAUGCUUUCCGGGUCUAGUUUCUCAAGUGUCUUGACACCACCGCCAAUGGAUCCCUUCAAAGUUGCAUCAAGCGGCUUGGAUAUGAUUGCCGAGAUGGCAAAAGCCCAUGAUAAGUCAACAAUUGUGACAGUACUUACGCCAAUCAAAUAUGAGCUCGAGUAUCCUUCAAUUCAUUACGCUGAACCAGCACCUAAGCAUCGUAAACAUGCUGCGGAUGACUUUGAUGCUGAAUUUGCCGAAUAUGGAAUGGGUGGUCGAGUUGUGGACAAUCUUUUGAAGAGUUUUGAGGACCCCGUUCUUUCUAAAUGGAUCGUUGUCGCUCUCACAUUGAGUGUUGUGCUCAAUGGAUAUCUUUUCAAUGCCGCUAAAUGGAGUAUUGGUAAGGAACCACUUCAAAUGCCCCCACACCACACUGUUGAUCCCAAGGAGCUCGACCAGGCUGAGAGAUUCAACAACUCUGCGUCUACCCCUGUAUUGAGGUUGGCAAAUAUCGAUCCUAAUGCUUCCGAUAAUGUACCAUUGACCCCCGCGAGAACGCCGGCUAUAACGCCGGCUUCUACUGACGACGAGGACGAGGGAUUAACUAUGCCUGACAAGAGUACCACUCAAUCUCAAUUGCGCCGAAGUCAGCAAGAGCUUGAAAAAAUGCUCGAAGCGAAACGUGCACCAGAGUUGAAUGAUGCGGAGCUCAUAGAGUUAUCCAUGCAAGGCAAGAUUCCUGGCUACUCGUUAGAAAAAACUCUUAAAGAUACCACUCGUGCUGUGAAAAUCAGACGUGCCAUCAUCUCACGAACCCCUGCUACCUCGGAAACCACACAUCUUCUCGAAACUUCAUUGUUGCCAUACAAGCACUACAACUACGAUCGUGUUCUCGGCGCCUGCUGCGAAAAUGUCAUCGGUUAUCUUCCAUUGCCUCUUGGUGUUGCUGGUCCAAUUGUCAUCGAUGGACAAAGUUUCUUCUUGCCUAUGGCUACGACUGAAGGUGUUCUUGUCGCAAGUACUAGUCGUGGCUGCAAGGCCAUCAACUCUGGUGGUGGUGCUGUCACUGUCUUGACUGGUGAUGGUAUGACUCGUGGCCCAUGUAUUGCUUUCGAAACUCUUGAACGUGCAGGAGCCGCCAAGGUUUGGCUUGAUUCCGAAGCUGGUCAGCAGACUAUGACCGAAGCAUUCAAUUCUACCAGUAGAUUCGCAAGACUUCAAUCUAUCAAGACAGCCUUGGCAGGUACGAAUCUCUACCCUCGUUUCAAAACCACCACCGGAGAUGCAAUGGGAAUGAACAUGAUCUCAAAGGGUGUUGAGCACGCUCUGAAAGUUAUGUCUACUGAAUGCGGCUUUGACGAUAUGGAAAUCAUUUCCGUCUCGGGUAACUUUUGUACCGACAAGAAAGCUGCUGCUGUUAACUGGAUCGAUGGACGCGGUAAAAGUGUUGUUGCUGAAGCAAUUAUCCCUGGUGAUGUCGUUCGCAAGGUUCUCAAGACUGAUGUAGAUGCUUUGGUCGAACUGAACAUCGCCAAGAAUCUCGUUGGAAGUGCAAUGGCAGGUGCUAUGGGUGGUUUUAAUGCUCACGCUGCUAAUAUCGUCGCUGCAAUCUUCUUGGCUACUGGUCAAGACCCCGCACAAGUAGUCGAGAGCAGUAGUUGUAUCACACUCAUGAAGAAUCUUCGCGGUAACUUGCAAAUCAGUGUUUCCAUGCCUUCUAUCGAAGUUGGUACUUUGGGCGGUGGUACUAUUCUUGAGCCUCAAAGUGCCAUGUUAGAUCUUCUUGGUGUUAGGGGCUCUCACCCAACGAACCCUGGUGACAAUGCCCGCAAGCUUGCACGUGUAAUCGCCGCAGCUGUCUUGGCUGGUGAACUUUCUUUGUGUAGUGCUUUGGCAGCUGGUCAUCUUGUACAGAGUCAUAUGGCACAUAACAGAAGUGCCCCAGCCACAAGAGCCAAUACCCCGGGCCCAGCAAGUGGUGUGCAAACACCAGUGACUGCAGCAAUGACAGCCAUGCGAGAGAGAGCUGGUGUGGCUGCCAUGUCUCCGGCUGCUGUCCUCAGAAAUGGAGGAGCGAAGAAAUAG